GAUUUGCUUUGUUCUUCGUGGGUAGAAGAAAAUGUGUAGAUAAAGGAAAAGGAGCGAAGUGAGCAGUUUGAGUGCAACAUGCGCAGAGCCGGGCCGUGUUUGGCCUCUGGAGCAGGGCGGGUUUCUGGCCAUGUGAUGACAUCACCGCUCAGCGCUGGAGGAGCCGCAGCAUCCCGCUCAGUCAGUACCAGGAGGACACGGUACGGGUACCAGGAGGACGCGGUACGGGGUCGGGUUAGUACCAGGACACACGGUACGGGGUCGGGUUAGUACCUGGAGACACGGUACGCGGUAGGGCUAGUAGUACCAGGUGGACACGUUACAUGGUGGUAGUACCAGGACACGGGGUAGGGGGUAGUAGUACCAGGACACACGGUACAUGUUAGUACCAGAAGGACACGGUACGGGGCAGGGUUAGUAGUACCAGGACACACGGUACUUGUUAGUACCAGGAGGACACGGUACGUGGUAGGGUUAGUACCAGGAGGACUAGGGUAGUAGUAGCAGGACACACGGUACGUCGGUACAAGGAGCGUCAGGGUUAACGUCGUCCGUUCUGUUAUCGGUGAUGGCCCAACCGAUCCAACUGAAGAAUUAUUAACCAGAUGAGUCCAGGAACCAGUUGAACCAAGUGAGAAGCUGCUAGCCUAGCGCCCUCUCUGUAGCCUCUUCCUUUACCGGGUUUCUGGAUCUCCCUGGUGUGAGGAUCUCUGAUGCUGUCAGUGGGGAACAGAGACAACCGUAGCCACAGCAAGAGGAGAACAUGAUGUCGGACGUGACGGAGCAGAGGAUGUGUGAUGAACCCUUUGGUUCGGACGAGGAGGGAGAGGAGGCAGACGUGGAGUCCUACCUGGAGGACAACAGCAGUGAGCUCAUGGACCGACUGAGGGAGUUGGAGGCAGAGAACUCUGCGCUGCUCCUGGCCAACGAGAGCCAGAGGGAGGCGUAUGAGAGAUGUCUGGAUGAGGUGGCCAACCAUGUGGUCCAAGCGUUGUUAAAUCAAAAGGACCUGAGAGAGGAGUGCAUCAAGCUGAAGAUGUUGGUGUUUGACCUGGAGAGACAGAACCGCGCACUGUGUGAGCUCUUCCAGCAGAAGCUCCCCAACCACCCCACGACGCACUACCAGUUCCCCGCGGGCCCCCUCCCAGAUUACAGUGCCCAGCCGCACCCCGACCCCACCAAGCAGGUGGAGGCUGCACAGACCGAAGCACAGGCCAAGGGUAACGGCUACCGCACACAGCACACCUCCCCGGGCCCCCGGGGGCCCGCCGCCUCCAUGGAGGCCCUCUCCCCCUUCUUCAAGAAGAAAGCACACAUCCUGGAGGUCCUGCGCAAGAUGGAGGAGACGGACCCGCUCAAGUUCCACCCGUCCACCACCAGCCUGUCGUUCUGCGACUACAGCCAGGUGCUGAUGUCCACCGAGGCCGUGCUGGCGGCCACCGCCGAGCCCGUCCCCCUGCAGCUGCCCCCCAAGGGCCACCACCACCACCACCACCACCUGCCCCGCUGCCCCUGCGCCUGCCCCGAGGCGGACGGCCCCCCGCACGCCAACGGGGACGGCCCGCUGCAGCGCGAGGCGGGCGGGACCAAGGGCUGCGGGUUCCACUGCGGCAGGGGCCAAGAGGGCCCCUCCAAGCCCUGCGCCCACGUCUGUAGCGCCCUCGCCGCCGCCGCCGGCCCCCCGCAGGGCCACUCCGCCCCCCCCACCGCCACCCACUGUCCCGCCAAGAGCACAGCGGGGCCGGAGCCCGCCGGCCCCGCCCCCAAACACUGCAGCAAGAAUGAAAAGCACCAGCCGGCGGCGCACACGCCACUUGCACAGGCGGCCAAUCAGAGCCACGAUGCGGCGGCGGCGGAGCUCGACGCGGCGGGCCCCCCCCCGGGGAGCCCCCCCCCGGCAGGCACCUCGGAGGGGCUCUCGGGGUUCUACCCGUCCUCCUCCUACCGGCCCGUCCCUGAGAAGGAGGGCCAGGCGGAGCCCUCCGUGCACAACGGGCUCCCCCCGCCCCCCCCGGCCCCCGAGGAGCCCUCGCUGUCGGACGUCCCGGAGCGGGACACGGCGCGGCGGGUCACCCCGCGCUGCCCGGCCGAGGGCAAGGCGGCGGCCGCCGGCUCUCCGUCCAAGCUGCUGAAGUUCCUGAAGAUCCCGGGCGUGGGGGAGAAGGCCCCGUGCGCGGCCCCCGCCGGCCCCGUGCGCCUCAGCCCGCAGCUCACGCGCAGCUCGCGCAUCCCCUGCCGCACCAACACCUACGAGGUGUACCACUCCCCGGUGCCGCCGCGCCGCGCCGCCACCGCCGAGCGCUGCCCCCGCCAGCCCCCCGCCCCGCCCUCCCGCUCCGAGUCCUACCCCGCCACGCACUCGGCGCCCACCUCCCCCCCGCAGCCCGAGGGGGGGGCCCCCUCCCCGCCCGCCAAGGAGGGGCCCUUCCCCGGCCUCCCUGCCCUCAAGGAGGGGCCCUUCAUAGGCCUCUUGGCCCCCAAGGAGGGGCCCUUCCCCGGCCUCUCUGCUCUCAAGGAGGGGCCUUACAUAGGCCUAUUGGCCCCCAAAGAGGGGCCCUUCCCUGGCCUCUUGGCCCCCAAGGAGGGGCCCUUCCCCGGCCUCUUGGCCCCCAAGGAGGGGCCCUACGUAGGCCUCUUGGCCCCCAAGGAGGGGCCCUUCCCUGGCCUCUUGGCCCCCAAGGAGGGGCCCUACGUAGGCCUCUUGGCCCCUAAGACCAGCAGCAGGACGGGCACGGCCUCCGCCUUACCCAAGGGCCCCGCCCAGACUCGGGUUCCGCACUACGAGAACGUGGCCGACCUGCCUGCCCGGGGGCCCGAGGAUGCCCCCGCCCUGGGCCCCGAGGGGCCCCUGGCCCUGGAGAAGAGGCCCAGGCCCUCCUCGCAGGCGGCGGGGUCCGGCAGGAAGCUGGUGAAGUCGCUACCGGAGAGCGCCCUCCGCGCUCCCCCUCCGCAGCGCAAACAGUCCUCUUCCUCGCCCUCCUCCUCCUCCACGUCAGACGAGGAGGGGGAGGAGGAGGGGGAGGAAGAGGAGGAGGGGGAGGAGGAGGAGGAAGAGGAGGAGGAGGAAGAGGAGGAGGAGGAGAGCCCCGUCUGGAGGUCCCACCCCAACCGGGCCGCCCCCUCGGGUCCGGACGAGGUGCCGGCCGGGCCCCACUACCCCAGGGAGACCCCCGUGGCCCAGGACCCCCAGGACCCCCAGGACCUCCAGCCGCCCCCCCUGCCUCCUCCUCCCCCCCCCCCGGCCACCCCGGCCAAGAGGAGCGACUCCUCGUCCAUCCCCAAGCGGCCGGGCAGUGGGCCGGGCCGCUCCCCGGCCGACUCGGGACACCACGCCUUCAAGGACCGCCUGGCGGCGCUGGGGAAGCUGCGCAGCUCGGAGGACCUGCGCCUCAGGGCGUCGGAGGGCCCCGACGCGGUCGGUGAGGGCCCCGCAGCCCCCGGUGAGGAGCAGGGCCCGACCCUGGAGCGGCCCGCCGAGCCCAGGGAGGGGCCCUCCAGAGAGGGGCCCUCCAGGGAGGGGCCCCCCAGGGAGGGGCCCCCCAGGGAGGGCCCCCCCAGGGAGGGGCCCAGGCACGGGAAGCGCUCGGACUCGCUGGACGGCAAGGCCAAAGCUCCCGGCGGGGCUCUGAAGUACCCCGGCCCCUCCCUGUACGAGGCGGGCACCAAGCCUGCGGGCGGAGGGGCUGCGGCGAGCGGGGGGCCGGCGAGGCCAGAGCCCAAGACGGACAGCCCCAAGAGCAGGAUCGGCCUGCCCUCCCCGAGCGCCGACGCGCCCCAGGUGCCGCGCAACAGCAUGCGCUGUCCCGGCUCCCUGAACCUGGCCUACACCAAGGCCGGCUUCGGCCCUCCCGGCGGCAGCAGCCCCAACAAGAUCCCCCCCAAGUCGCCCUCCAAGCCCACCCAGGGCCCCCCGCCGCGGGGGCCCCGGCCGGCCGACGCGCCGCGCUACUCCUCCAAGUCGGAGGAGCGCUCCAAGAUCGGCGGCAAGGGCAAGAAGACCCCCGCGUACGGGGACAGCCUCCCGCCCCCGCCGCCCAAGCCCCCCGCCGCGGACCCCCAGGAGGCCGCCCCGCCGCCGCCGCCGCCGCUCCCCAGCCCGCAGUCGGCCAUCGAGCAGAAGGUGAUGAAGGGCAUCGAGGAGAACAUGCUGAAGCUGCAGGAGCUGGACCGCGCGGCGCCCGGCGGCCCCGAGCCCAAGCAGAAGGCGUCCAACGGCAUCGCCAGCUGGUUCGGCCUGAAGAAGAGCAAGCUGCCGGCGCUCAGCCGCAAGGCGGACGGCGCCAAGGCCAAGGAGGACAAGUGGCGGAUCAGCAUCCCCUCGGUGGGGAAGGAGUCCCAGGCCAAGGUGGCGGCGCGCUGCAAGGAGGGCGUGGAGGGCCUGAACAUCUCCACGCUCAUGGAGAAGGCGGAGGGGCUGCGGCGCGCCCUGGAGGAGGAGCGCGCCUACGUGGAGCGCUCGGGCCGCGGGCACUCGUGCGAGGUGGUGAUGGACCCGUCCCAGGGCCAGCUGGCCGUCAUGUACAGGGGCGCGCGCUCCGACAACUUCAUGCAGCAGCUGCUCAACAGAGUGGACGGGAAGGAGGUGAUCAGCGUCCCCCAGCGGCGGCUCUCCUUCGACUGCAAGACGUCCCGACCGGUGUUCACCACGCAGGGCGACGUCAUCAGCCACAUGGGGUCAGCUGGCGUGACCUCGGACGAGAACCUGGCCGACUCUGUCCACUCACAACACUUUGCAGCGUCCGGCGCCUCCACCUACACCCUGGACAGCGGCAUCGGCACCUUCCCGCUGCCCGACGGCGGGGCCGCCGGCCGCAGCCUGUCCAAGGUGCGGGCGGGCGGGGCCGCGGAGCCGCGGGGGGGCUCCCCGGGCCGGGUGGCCCGCCGCGCCCGCACUCUGGACCGCGAGAUGACGGCCCAGGAGGACGGCUACAGCGCCCCCCACAGGCCGCUGGUGCCCACCGCGCAGUACGGCGCCCUGCUGGAGGGCCGGGGCCCCACGGGGGGGCUCCGCGAAGACCCAGAGGCCCACGGAGCCAACAUGUUCUCACCGCGCUCCAAGACCUGGACCUUCCCCAGCCUGAAGGGCCCCGGGGCCCCGGCCGAGGUGUACCUGGCGGUGGAGGAGGAGGAGGAGGAGCCCGUGGCCUUCAGCUCCUUCAGAGCGGGCCUGAAGGAGGGGGGGCCCUCUUCCAGCCGCGGGGGGGUGGACCCGGGCAGCCUGCCCGUACCCGUCCCGUCCGGGCUGGGCCGCCGGGGGAAGACUCGCACCCCAAGCAUCCCUGAGAUGAGCCGGGAGGCGGGGCUCGAGCUGCUGAGGGAGCGGCCAGAGGAGGCCAUCUCCCCGAGUCGCCCCCAGGUCCUGGAGACCCCGGAGUCCCUCAGCGACUCGCUCUACGACAGCCUGUCGUCGUGCGGCAGCCAAGGGUGAAGGGAGAACGGGAAAACACAAACACUAUGAGGACGGUGAAUGCUAACGGCUAGUCUGGAGAACCCUGGCGCCACACGCAGGAGAACGAUGUUGGGAGCCGCUGUCUGCUGCUGAAUCUGCACCUUCAGGACUAAAGGAACGUUAACGUUCUCCAGACCACGUGCAGCUGGAAACAGUGUUGCCAGUUUGGGACCGAUUUUUUUUCGCAAAUCUGGCAACAGCCUGAUUGGGUGGGAAAUCUGGCCCAAUCUGGCAACACGGGCUGGAAGAUGACAGACUUCUCCUCAGGAUUUCUAUUAAACGCGAAACCAAAAGCCACUCAAAUGUCAUAAGAGGUUGUUCACUUUUUUUAAUGAUGCAAUUGAAUACGGACACGUCAAAUUCAUGUCAAUGGGACAAAGGAACGCAUGGUCAAAGGAACAAUUAUCACACACAUUUGCCAUUACUCGUUUGAAAGAACAGCAGGAGUAAAACCCUCCAGCUCGUCAUUGUGUAGUUGUUGAAAGCGAUGACACGUGGAUCAUGUGUGAAGUCAACAUACUCUACAGCGUUUGUUGUAUCGACUUUGUACUUUAUCUUACGUUACGUUUUUAACUUCAUCACAAGUACUGAAAAUAGUGUUUUCUUAUUCAGCUUCUUAAAUAAUGAAUGUUCAUGUCUGUGAUUCUUAAUUGCUAAACUCAUGCAUUAGUCAGAUUAGUCAGAAUGUAUGUGCUUUAAAUCACUUUUUAAAAAGGUAAUAUAUACCAGCAAUAAUAUCAUAGGAAAAAGAAAUGGCUACACUAUUCAACGAAUAUGUAUUAUUUAUUUAUUUGAAAUGUACAUUUCCUUCCGUUUAUCUAUGUGAAACGUAGUCUUAGAUUCUGUUCAUAUCGUCUGUCGCCAUCGAUCCUCUCGCUAGAGAUCAUGUAUCCGCUGACCUUUUUUCUACUCUACAAUUAAAACAAUUUUGAUUUAA